CCACAGGACACAUACGCAGCAAGAACAUAACGCCGAUUUGUCUAAAUCCGCUCUGCAACUUCAAGCGUUCUGCGCGAGAGGCUAGAACAAACUUUCUGGCAUUAUGCCUUUUGCGCGAACCGAUUUUGCACGUAUGCUUCUGGACCUGAACCUGAAGCUACCUCUGCCCCUGUGUCAGGGAGCCGGCCCUUGAAGGAAUCGACAAGCUGACUAGUCAGAACUGCAGGCAGGAGCCUUGAACUUUCUUCUCUUAGGGUUGCUCUUGUAUUACUUGCGCUCGCGGAUUUAGUGGAAUGCCGACGCUGAACCCGUCAGCGGCCGAAUUCAACCCAACGAAGUGGGCUUCGGCGGCCAAGUCCGGCCAACAGCACAACCAACAGCAACAUACGCAUCACAAGAAUGCUGGCGCCAGCGCGCCUGCCUCGGCCCACCCGGUAGCUUCCGGCCAUGGGCCUGCGAAGCCACCUCAGGAGGCCGACUUUCCCGCUUUGGGAGGCGCAGCUGCAAACGUCGCUGCAGCGGGCGGCAACCAGGCGCCGGGAGCCAAGUCUUGGAAGAACGUGGCCGGGCCCGCCCAGACGGCCGCUGCGCCGGUAGCUGCAGCGCCCGCACAGGCGCCGAGGCCUGCAUCAGCUGCACCUGCUGCCCCGCCGGCGAACGCUUGGCCGCUCCUUGGCGAGGCUGGCCGGGCUAAUGGCCACCACCCGCCGCCCCCUGCCGGGCACCCGCAGCAACAGCAGACGGCGCCUGCCCGCGCACCGCUGAUGGUGCCGCAGGGCCGCUUCCCGGGCGCCGGCGCACCGCCGCCGCCGCAGCCCAACGGCGCCCGCGGCGCCAAGCAGCAGCCGCAGCACGCGCCGCCGCCGCCGCCCCCUCCGGCGGGCCAGGCGGGGGCAGGCACUGCCGGUGCGCCGCCGACGCAGCACCAGCAGCAAGGUGGCCGCAAGGCCCAGCAGCAGCAGCAGCAACAGCAGCAGCAACAACACCAGCAAAACGGUCGCAGUUCACUGAAGCCCGCAUUCGACGGCUUGGCUCAGCAGGCCGCUGUCAAUGCCCUGACCGGCUCCGGCGGCGCCCGCGGCGGGGCCUCCGCGGGCACUGCCGCCGCGCCGCACACGACGCCGGGCGCCGCGGGGCCCACGCCCUUCGGCACCACCGCAGCGCAGGCCCCGCCCGCGGGCUUCCACGUCAACCCCACGUCCGCAGCCGCGGCGGCGGCGGCGGCGGCAGCCGCCAGCACCACGACGCCGACCGGCAAGGCCCCGGGCGCCAAGCCCACCCGCAAGGCCUCGCCGCUGACGGCGGCGCUGAACAACGCCGGCAGCGGUGGCGGCGGCGGCGGCGGUAGCAGUGCCGAGAACUCCAACCACAACAGCCCCCGCCGCGGCCCCGGCGGCGCCGCCAACGGCCACGGCCACGGCCCCAAGCCGAGCCACCCGCCAAGCAGCUCCGCCACUCCCAUCCCCGCGCGCGGCGGCCGCAUGGCGCCGCUCGUCCCGCCCUCGCCUGGCGGCGGCGGCGGCGGCGGCGGCGGCGGCGGCGGCGGCGCCCACACGCUGUCGCCGGGCUCCGGCUCCGCCGCCUCCUCCUCCGCCGCCAUCACGCCCUCGAUGCCCAUCGCCAUCCGCAGCCGCGGCAGCCGCCAGCAGCUCACGAUGGUCGAGGUGAUGGAGGCGGAGGAGGACGAGGAGCGCAGCCGCCGCAUCCAGCAGCGCCGAGACGGCAAGGCCGCCGCCGAGGCGGCGGCGGCGGUGGCGGCGGCGGCGCCGCCGGGCGCCGCCAAGGGCGGCGCGGCAGCGCCGCCGGCGGCCCCGGCGGGCGCGGCCGGCGCCGCGGCUGGUGCUGGUGGCGGCAAGGGCGUGGGUGCGGGUCCGGGCGGCCGGGCUCUGCAGGCGGGGCCGCAUGAGGAGAGCAUGACGUUCGAGGAGCAGUUCGACACGCAUAGCCAGGCCAGCCGGACAAGCUCGAUCGCCAGCCGCCCCUCCGAGGCGCUCAGCUACAACAUCAGCGGCGACCAGCCCGACGGCGCCGCAAUAGCAGCAGCCGCCGCCGCCGCCGCCGCCGCCCUGGAACUCAACGGCGGCUCGCCGUCCGCCUCCGACGGCGGCGCCGCCGCCGCCGCCGCCGGCCGCCUCGAUGAGGCAAUGGUGGAGGCGGCGUCGGACCACGCCGGCGGCGGCGACGGCGCGUCUGGCGAUCUGCUGUUGCGGGAGGCGCAGUUGGAGAUGGAGGUAGACGGCCCAGUGAGCUGCCCGCAGCUGCACGGCACGGAGGAGGCGGCCAAGCGCGCGGAGGCGGUGGCGGCGGCGGCGCACAUCGAGCCGUUCGUGCCGCCGGGCAAGACGCCUACCAAGCUGUACCUGGUCCUGGACUUCCUCAAUGGCGGACACCUCUUCUUCAACCUGUACCGGCAGGGCGUGUUCAGCGAGGACGUGGCGCGGCUGUACACGGCGGAGAUCGUGCUGGCCAUCUCCUACCUGCACUCGCGCGGCAUCGUGCACCGCGACCUCAAGCCUGAGAACGUGCUGCUGGACAACGAGGGCCACGUGCGGCUGACGGACUUUGGUCUGGCCAAGGGCAACAUGGGCUGCGAGCAGAGCCGCACCAACAGCUUCAUCGGCACCAUGGAGUACAUGGCGCCCGAGAUCAUCGAGGCCAAGGGGCACGGCAAGGCGGUGGACUGGUGGAGCACGGGCAUCCUCAUGUACGAGAUGUUGUGUGGCGUGCCGCCCUUCCGCGCCAAGAGCCGCCAGGCGCUGCAGCAGCAGAUCGCCACAGGCAAAGUCAAGUACCCCAAGUUCCUGUCCACCGACUCCCAGUCGCUGCUCAAGGGGUUGCUCAUCCGCGACCCCAACAAGCGCCUGGGGGCGGGCGCGGACGGCUCUGCAGCCGUAAAGCGCCACGCCUUCUUCAAGUCCAUCAACUGGGCCAAACUGGAGGCGCGGCAGAUCGAGUCCAAGUUCAAACCCACCGUCACAUGCAACAUGGACAUCGGCAACUUCGACAAGAUCUGGACCGACCAACCGGCGGUGGACUCGCCGUGUGGCACGCCCACCGUGGCCUCGCUGGGCAGGUUUGACGGCUUCACCUACGUGGCUCCCUGCUUCUUGGGCACGGAGCAGGGCGCAGCAGCCAUGGCAGGCGUGGCGGCGACAGCGCAGGCGGCCGUAGAUGCGGUGGCAGCGGCGGCCGCCGCCAUAGCGGCGGCGGGCGGGGCGGCGGGCGGGGCGGCGGCGCCGCCGCCGCCGCCUGCGGUGGAAGGGGCGGCGGCGGUUGCGGUUGGCGCGGCCGGGCAUUGAGGGAGUGGAGGAAAGGCUUGGGUUCGGGGUAGCUGGCUGGGGGUGAUGGGUGUGGGGUUUGCGGCUGUGGCUGGGUUCUCACCCGGGGCGGCUCAAUGCAGCAGCCGGGCAGAGCACAAUGGUGUCAGCUGUUGGUGCCUGUGUGGUGAGUGCGCAACAUGCGUCUGUGUAAGGCAGCGAGCCGCGUCAAUAAGUUAUUAGCGGUGCGGGUGUUGGUGUGCAAGUGUCUGCUGGAGCGGCGUCGUGCGUGCCUUCGUGGAGUGUUGGAGUGCUUGUGCAUUCAACGCGGUUUGCAUUCGCUAUCAUAGAGUGUGAGCGUGUACGGUGCGUGUCCUGACCCGGCCAUGGAAAUGGUGAUACCGUAGCCCUGCAAGCUGCGAUUGAAGGGAGUUGCAAACGGCCGUUGACGGCGCCUGCCACAUCGUGUGGGGUGGGCGAGAACAGCGGUAGCGCGAGCAAGUGCGGUCCUGUCUGUCGGCAGGAGCGGACGGCCAAGGGCAUUCAGGAUCGGCAGGGGGAUGAAGAUGCUAUGGCGCGCCGUCGGCGGCAGUGCUGCGCAAUUUCGCGCCCGGUUUGAUCGCCGAGUAGGAGAGAAGAGAAGAGAACUAUAGUGAUAGAUUGCUUGCUGGCAUGCGGAAGGGCAUUGUGGCGAACAGGGAAUGCAAAUGGACUUAUGGAGGAGCGUGGCGGCGCUCACCGUCCGUCGCGUUUCUCCGCACUCAGAUGAGAGCGUGCUCAAGGCUGGAGCACGGCUGAGCAUUACUAUGUGGCUGAGCCUGGCAAAGUCGUUUGAUAAAAGCUACUUCGGUGGAGACUGUGGAGUUGAGCAACGUUCCGCCCACAGCCGUGUGCGAUGCGGCCUCACGGGACUGGGCGGUUAGGCCACGGCUUCAAGGCAGCUAGAAAGGAGAGACAUCACUGCUGCUGCGGCGCAGUAGGCUGCAUGGGGGCAUCUGUAGUUAUGUAGGGCGCUGGUCUGGCCGUCUGGGAGGCAGCCAGGUAGACAUGGCAACACCUUGAGGCUGGGGCAUUGCGGAGCGCGUGAGGGCCGUGGGCGUGGUCUUUUGCAGCAAGGGGAUGGAGGAGCAGUGGAGGCAGUGGGUGAUGGCAGAGGAAGUUGCUCACUCGUGAACCGCGAAGCGGGAACAAGAGCGUGUGUGUGUGUGUGGUGCGCACAAGGGGCACCCAGCGCCUCAAUGUCAAUCGGGGGAGCUGUGUGUGUACGUGUUUGUUGGGUGGAAAGGCACAGAGGGCGGAGGCGCGGCGUGGGACUGGCUGCGGGCUGGCGUGGACUGCCGUGUGGCUCUGGCCGUGGCCUUCCUCGUGUCAUCCACAUGUGCUGUGCUGGUAUGCACUCCGCUACCGGAGUGUAAUUUGAACGCGAAUGCGAACG